AGGUUUCUAUUAAGAAUAUCUGGCAACCCUGGGAAACGCCAAACAGCUAACUUAUAGGUGCGCGUGCCUGCGAAAACAACCUCUAUUCAUGAAUCCCGAGGUGACCGUAUUGUACUUUGCAAAAAGUGCCGAAUUGACGGGAGUGAAAUCUGAGAAUAUCAGAGUCAACUCGGAGCUAACGAGCCUCCAGCUGUGGCAGGAACUGGAGAAGAAACACCCAAAGCUCUCGGCUCUCCGUCAGCAGGUGGUUCUGGCCGUGAGGAGAGAGUACGUGUCUGUGGGAGAGCAGGUGGUGUGUCUGCAACACGGAGACGAGGUGGCGGUGAUCCCACCACUCAGUGGAGGAUAAAAACACAG